GGUUUAUCAUUCAAGUAACGCACGCAAAGAGGGUGUCUGCUCGCGUUGUGCACAUAGGAAAGAAAUGACCGCUGCCAUUGGCCCUUUCAUGACAAACGACGCGGCGGACGCGUAUGCAAGCAAGAUAUCACUCAACAAAAAACUAUUUCUUGAGUUUUUGCGUACGUUCGAGUGGAAGAAACCUGCCACCGACCCCAGUCAGCAGUUCUUGGACAUUGGAUGCGGGACAGGAGAUGUGACCAGAGAGCAUAUACUGCCCAGGUGUCCUCCAUGUCGGCGGAUCGUGGCAGUGGAUUAUUCACCGAAAAUGAUUGAGUACGCCAAGCAACACUCUGCCCACCCACUUAUCGAAUACAAGCUGCUGGACAUUGGCCUUGACGUGCAGAGCUUCUUGUCGGAUCAUGGAACCUUUCAGCGCGUGUACAGCCUAAGGACGCUGCACUGGGCAAAGGACCAGGCUCGAGCAUUUGCCAAUAUUUGCCGCCUUAUGGAACCCGGUGGAGAAUGCAUUCUGCUGUUCUUAGGUCGCUGUGAUACAUUUCACUUCAUUCGACAAAUGGCACAGCUCGAACCCUGGACAAAAUAUUGCGAUGUUUUCCUAAAUGCAGUGCCCAAGACUCAUGAUAUGACCGACGUGAAUACGCUACGGUCGUAUGUAGAAAACCUCGUUGCCUCAGCUGGUUUGACUCUGAUCACAUUGGAUAUUUGGGAACGAAAGUCUUCAUUUCUAGACACGGAAAACGCCGUUGAAAUGUUUCUGAUGGCGAAUCCGGUGUCGCCCAUACUACCGGAAGAGGAGAAGGUGCAAUUCGAAGAAGACGCAAGAAAGCAUGUGCCUGCGUGGCGUAAUGCAUACCAGAAGAACAAUCCCCUGCCAGUUUGCCAGCUUUGUUGUGCAUGCAUCAAAGCCUUAAUGUUAAUUAUAAUUGAGGAGAAUUAUUUCAAUGAGACAGCUAAAAUAUUGGUGGUGGCGUAAGAAUUAGGUCGCUUUUACUUAAAUGUCAAUAAAUACGGUGCCCCAGAACACCAGAAAUAGCUGAA